UUACUAUUUAACAGCAUGGUGCAGCGGGCUACUCCCAAAGGGAAGGGGAAAAUGGUCAAGGAAGUUCUAAAGGGUCCAGAGGUGUGCAGAGACCCAGAAAAGCUUGUCUCAUAUGCCAUAGGAGUAAACAUAUACAAACAGGGAGAGGAUCCCCCACUUAAACCCAAAGAGGAAUAUCCAGAAUGGUUGUUUCAGUUGAACCUUGGCCCCCCUAAGAAACUCAAUGAAGUGGAUCCCGACAGUCGUGAAUACUGGAAACGUUUAAGGAAGGAACACAUGUGGCGUUUUAAUAGACUGCAUAAAGGCAAAAGAUUCUGAGAAACUGACGAGGCACUACAUUCUUGAAGUAUUUCUACUUUAUGGUCUAAAGUCUAUAUAUGUUUAGAUAUAUCAGUAUUUAAAAUGUUGUCUUUUUGUUAUAUAAUCACAACUGGUUCCUACUUCCAAGUUAUGUUUAACGUUCUGAAACCAGUUUGAUGCGUCAAACUAUGGAUUUAUGCAAUUUUACCGGAAUUAUUUUACCACCAAGGGCUUGCAAUCUAAAUUAUGAUCACGUAUCGUUCAAUGUACACAAAUUGCUUUGUCAGUGAUAAUUUCCUUGAAACAUAACUUAAAAAAAGCCCUAUAAUUUCGUCGCAAUGUACUUCCUUUUCCCGUUGUGUUUCUGUCGAGUCUUCUUCGGGUUCCUGGACGUGGGACAGAGUGCUCCAACUUUUGCUUUUAGUUUUAGUUAGCUUAGCUAACUCGUCCGUUAUGCGCUGUUGUUGCUUGUGGAAAUGUUAUAUGAACAGCAAAAACAUUUCAUUUUCAUUCUUUGCCAUUAAUAAACUGAGCUUUGUACAACA